AUUCAAUAUGGCGGCGCCAUUCGCCUCUGGAACAGGGCGGGGAGAACAGUCGCCGAAUCGACACUACAAUAUCUACGCGUAUUUUUGUCGAAACCGUCGGCUUCGUGACUCGAACGCGAGUGAUAUUGUAAAAUAAUCCUGUGUUUCUGUGUUCAUUUAUGCUGUUUGUGUUAUUAUAAGUGUAUUAUGGUGAUUUUGUGGUGAAAAACGUGAAAGGACUUUAGGGUAACAAUGUCUAGCAGUUGACAUGUUUAUCUGUGUCGUGUGUGAAGAUUUUCCCUUCGCGUGAGGAGGUGCGGUGCGCGAGUGUGCGCGCUAGCGCUCCUGUGUGUGUGCAGUGAUCGUGAAUACACGAACCAAUGAUGGAUUGCAUUUCCAUGGAUGUAUAGAAUGUGAUCUCAAGAAUCACUUCAUCGAUGACGGCAUAUUUUAUACGACCAUAGCAGACAAUGCGGUCACAAGCUUCAAAACCGUUACCUAAGAAAGGGGAAUUGAGUAAACCAUCAUUUAAAAGUACUACAGCGAAACAAGCUACUAAAAAAGCUGUUUCGCCUAAAAAGGUAAAAAAUUUAGUGAAUAAAUCAUUGGUUAAAAAUACUAAGAAAGGUUCUUCCAAAGAUGACCCAUCCACUUCCAAAUCCGAUGACGCUUCUACAAAUACAGAUAAAAAUGAUACAACAACAGAAGCUGUUAAAUCUGGACCAUGCAAAGCAGGUACGUCACGCGGUGAUUCUCCAACUAAAAAGCUCAAGAAAGAUCCAAAAGAGAAGAAAGACGCGGCUAAAACUCCACCUGAAAAUGUAAAGAAAAAUGGUCCGAAAAAAGCUACCAAGGUUGAUAAGAAAAGUAAACCAGUUAAAGCUAAUGUAAAAAAAUGCGUAAAGGGUAAAAAAGAUACUAAGUACAAAGUUAAUAAAGAUGUUAUAAGUAAAGCAACACCGAAAUUUUCAAAAGCUAAGACUGUAAUAAAAAAAGGAAAUGCUAAUAAUGACAAAAAGAAAGGAACGGUCCAAGCAAAACCAGAUUCUACAGAAAAAGACCAAAAAACUGAUGAGACUAAAAAUACAGAUAUUACUAUUAAAAAGGAAAUGAAUACGGUUGCUGAAGAAAGCAUCGAGAAUAGUAAAACUAAAUCACUAGAAGCAGAAAAAAGUGAAGUCAAAUCAGACACAAAAAAUGUUACUGAUGCCAUACCUAGUAAAACAUCAUCUAAACCAACAGCGACUUCUGGUAAUCAACCAGAGACACCUAAAACUGAAACAGAAAGGCCUCCAAAAUUUUUCACGUCGGCUAGAUCACCGCGCACUGUAGAUAUUGAUGUUAAAUGUUGUAAAAACUCAAAAGGUAAUUUAAGCGUUUCAGAGAGGUUUGUUUCUAUGAAAGUUGAAACAAAAGUGGAAGAUAAUGCUAAAGAUAAAAAUUCUUCAAAUACUUUAGUGUCACAGGGACCAGAGAUUGAUGUUUAUACAUUCACGGAAAAAGUUGACUCUCCAAAAAGUAUUUUAUCUGAUUUUCGUAGUCCUGUAAGUAAAAAUAUUGGUAGAGUUCGACCAAUAGCUAGAGUUAAAGGUACCGUAAUUGACAAAAAGGCCGAAUCAGAAAAGAAAAAAUAUUCGCCUCACAGACCAAUCGAAGAAGUAGUCAAACAGUUGAAAAAUAAGCGGUCUGAAGAAUUAAAUGCUAAUCAAACUCAAAAUGCUAAUGCCACAUCUACUAUACAAAACAAUCCUGUUAACAGUGAGGCAGAAUCCGAAGAAAAGCCCAAACCUAUUGUUAGUAAAUCUUACAAAAUGGUAGCAAGAAAAUCUAGUAUAACUGGGAAACCUUUUAGCCCAAUUAAAUUUCUUGAGCAAGAAACACCCAGUAAAAGUGACAAAGCUGAAAAACUUACAAAAACUAACACUAAUACUAAGAAAAGUCCUGUAAAACCCAAAAAACAGACUAAGAAAAGCAGCAUUUCAGAUGAAGAAAUAGAUAACUCAAAAUUCGCUCUUAACACUAAAAGUUUCCAGUACUCAUCAUCAGAAGAGAGCGUUAGUGAGUCUAAUGACGAUAAUGACACCAAAGAGUCCUCAGAAUCUGAUAGCCCUAAAAAUAAAAAAGCCAAGAAUAAAAAGUUAAAGAAAAACAGAAUCACCGACGGUGCUAAAAAACCGCCCUCUAAAGAACUAAAAGAACUGUCAAAAGAUUCUCUUAUUGACCUUAAAGAUAGUUCGGCUCUGUUAGGUAAUGAAAAACCUAGUAAAAGACGGCUUAAACUACUAUCGAUGUGGAGUGGUCCUAAAAAACAUCGAAUGGCAUCUCUUAACGCAAUUGCGAAAGUCCAUUGCUUGUAUGAGAAUGAAAGUAGGACACACAUGGAAUUGGGAUUGAUGAAAACAGUUGAUAGACAAGUCUUACCAAGCACUUCUAAGGCCGGGUCUCCUAAAAAGAAGGAAACUAAAACUAAGGAAACAGAAAAACAAGAAAGCACUUCAGAAUCAGAAUAUGAAGCCAAAAAGGAAAAGAAAGAUGACAGUUCAGAAAGUUCAGACGACAACCCACCACAGCGUUCUCUGCGUGGUGUGCCAGGAAUUAGAAGUGCAGGCAAGUAUUGGGACCCAAAAUCAUCUACCUCUUCCAGUGAAGAUAGCGAACAAGACACCAAGAAAAAGUCGACUAAUUCGGAGAAAAAGAAAGUUUCAUCUAAAGCUUCUUCUAAUAAAUCGGAUUCUGACAAGCCUCCUGCUAAAAUGAAAAAGACGGCCGGAGUACCCGUGAAGAAAAAACGUAACAGAAAUGAAGUAGUAAUGGAUCUGAAAGAUAUGGUCGUACAAAAACGUAUGGCAAGCCUAAACGCCACUGCAAUUCUGGCAGCUAGUUACGAGAAACGUUCACCUAAAUCUAAUAAAGAUGAUACUACAUCAGACUCAUGUAGCGAUGAAUCUUAUUCACAGAAGUCAAAAAACGGGGUAACUUCCGGCGUUAAGUCGGAAUCAAAAAACGAAUACGAAGCUAAAUCUGAAAGUGAUGAAUCCGCUGUGUCGGAUAGAAAACAAAAAGUUGAAGUAAUAGUUAAUCAAGACACUGAUGUGACUAUUACUGGGGUAUACUCCACACAUCAUCACGAGGGGUUUUGCACCGUGUCCGGCAUGCAGUACCGCAUCUCAUCAACAAGCCACACACAGACCACAGCAACAGCUAACUGUGAAAAGGAGGGAUGUUCUCGUGAAGACGGAGCCCGCUACACUCCACUUUCCGCCCUGUCAUCCAUGCAACCGCCCGCCGACCACGCGCAUUCACAUCCAGUGGGGGCUGAAGGCAGACAGAAGUCUUCCCCACCACGUUCCGUUGCAGGCUGCUCGCCUACCCUCACUCCAGUGCCAGAAUUGGGAGGACUAGCGCGCCGCCCGGGCUGCUCCAGCGCAUUCUCCGCGCCGUCAUCGGCUUCUCAUCAUGAACCAGGUAAGUUAAGCUUCCGCGUCGAAAUUCCGUUGAUGGAAGGUAAGCCGGUGUGCACGUGCAGUUUGUGUGACAGAAUGCCACGCAGCACAACCUACGGAUAUUACCAGCCUGCGGGGCCAUUGAUCAAAGAGACGAGUGCUGACGCAGAACGCACACUCGCCAGAUACCAUCCACAUUACCAUGCGCCGCAUCCACCGGUACUGCAGCAAUAUGGGCCGCCAUACUAUCCAGACCUCUGUUAUGGCCGCUACUACCGGCCACCAGGGUCCUACCAUAUGCCACCACCGCAGCCAGAUGCACAGAUGGUUGGUGUCGGUAGUGAACCGUACCCACCACCACCACAGUAUUAUGGCACACCGCCAUGUUACCAACAUUCUCCUCAGAGGAUACCAUACGUAGAAUAUCGCGGAUGCCCGUGCCCAUUAAACGCGUGUCCAAAAAACGUGCUUAUUGGGCCCGCUACUGGUAAAGCCCCAGCCGGUGGCGGCCCAGCAGAUGUUCCUCCUGCACUUGCGCCGCCCGGGGGCGCCUUCCGACCGAAGGUGCGGGCGUGCGCUCUUGACGCUGUCGCAGACACACAUGGCAGCGGCAAGGACCCGCCACUAGAACUGGAACCUCCAGCUGCAGCGGAUGCUCCUCACCCUCGUGCUAUGCCAGCAAUGGGUGGCGUUUCUCCUAAACGUGAGAUCUAUGAUGUUCGGGAUAAGUUACGCAUUGCUAAUGAUAUACCUGGACCUGCAGAGGCUCUCGGACCACCAUCACCCGCUCGUGGCUCAGCUGGAGCGUGCGCCCCACAGCCCCCACCUGUGGCACCACGCCGUGCUCGCCUCGGCAAGGCCAUGGCCAGGCGUUCCCUUGUAGGCGAUGACACCGGCCUCCUAUUAUCCACGCCACAACCUCCACUACUUGUGCACCAUAGUGACGCUGAUGACGAUGUGCUCGCUAUUUCACCUCCAACGUGUGCUCCAAUCGACCUCUCUUCUUCAGACGAAAGGUCGACCCCUCUAGUCGAUGUUAAAAAAGAAAAUGAAGGUCCCACAUAUAACACCGCCAGAAAACCAGAAGCACAAGCACUUAGAGAGCAUAAUAGCACUACAGUUAUGGACGCUAACAUCGUUCCUGAUGCAGCUAAAGCGGUGAAACGAAGAUAUUCAAAACCCAAAUUAGAGAUUGAUAUGAAAGAUACUCAACUUGAGGAAUCUUGUAAGACGAAUGGAAUCGGGGAACACGUAAAACUCCAAAAGCGAAGAAAAGUUUCGGGGGAUCAGACUGAUAUUCAGAGGGUAGAAACUAUCACUAAAGAACCCAAGAAAAAGCCAACUCAAGCUAAGAAAAUUCCAAAAUCGCCGCAGGCUGAUAAGAAAACUGUAAAACGGAAAUCAGAAAGUGCGACGGGUGGCUCUAAGCCAAAAAAGAUGCUUCUCGAGAAUGAUGAAGACAAUAAAGUCAAAAAUAUUGUCGCAAUCAUCGAUGAAUCACACCCUACAAAACCAAAAAAUAAAAGUGCACUACUUCUUGAUAAUUUAAUUCGGAAGAAUAGCAUCGACCGGCCAGAAACAAAAGGCUUAGACGCUGAACUAAAUCCAGCUGAACUGUUCCUAUCUCCUACCGAAAAUAUCGCACAAAUUAGUGCCAAGAAAACCUUAAACAUUAACAAUAAUAUUGUAGACAGUGGAAACAGUACCGUUAAUGGAGUUCGAGCCAAUACACUUGCCGCUGUGUCUCAAUUAAUAGGCAAGAAAAUGGCUUGUAAAUUAGAAAAAGUUGAUUCCAAAGUUAGUAACGAAGUUAAAUCAGUAUUAAAACCACCCACCGUAAAAUCUGUUCCUGAGAAUGACUGUAAACCUUUGAGCAAAAAUGAAAAUAUUGAAGAAAAGUUAAAACCCUGCACUAAAACAGAAACUGAAAUUCUCACACCUCAAACUGAAAAAGAUGUACCAGAAAUAUUAAAAGACAGUAACAUUUGUACUCACACUGUUGCGGUAGACAUACCAGCACAAGUAACUAUAACAUCAAAGGAAAAGGAAGAUUUUGAAUUAGACGUUGAAGAAAUGGAAAUCGAACACGCGGAAAAGAUCGAAGACAAUGAGGACAAAAAAAUAUCAGAGAAUGAAAAGGAGAAGUCAAAACCAGUAAAGUUGGAUAGAACGACGGUGAAGCGAUGCAAACUGUCAAAUGGAGAAAUAAAGGCUAAAAAUGUGGAGAAAGUAGUUAAAUUAUUGGUAUCCAAGAGGCCGGCAUUUAAAACAGAUGAGGCAACGUUAGUGGUGGAGGAAGCCUGUGCAUCUCCAACGCCCACAGGGCCAGGGAUGCGGCGAGCUAGGCGGCGGGGUGCGGGCCACUCACGCCGCGGCCGUCGCCCGCUUGCACCGCCCGCCCCGCCCGCGCUCGAACCGCACGCCCCGCCACGCUGGAGUAAUGGCUGGAACUGGGACGGAGAACAUUAUUUAUCCAAAGUCUACCUCAAUAAUGACUCCAAACUGGACCGCACGGCACGAUGUUGGUCGCGCAUGACACAUGCUAGUGGGGACAGCGUGUCACGAGGUGACUGCGUACUGUUACGGGCAUCCCUAGCCAGAGCACAACCUUACGUCGCCAGGGUUGCUAGUCUGUGGGAAAAUCCUGAUGAUGGAGAAAUGAUGGUGUCACUGGUAUGGUAUUACCGACCGGAGCACACGGAGCUUGGGCGACAGCCGGCAGAUGCACCCGACGAAGUAUUCGCGUCACGACACCGAGAUGCCAACUCUGUGGCAUGCAUCGAGGAUAAGUGCUACGUGCUCACCUUUAAUGAGUACUGCCGGUAUCGCAAACGGCUAAAAGCGGCAGAAGAAGGCGUUACCAUCAGCCCUUCGAUAGUACCUCCGAUGCCAGCCAGCGAGGUGAGCCCAGCAGUGGCGCCCAAUGACAGUCGCCUGCCGCCCUCCGUGUCCCCCGAGCUGGUGCUAUUCUGCCGCAAGAUAUACGACUUCAGGUCCAAGAAAAUACACGUACCUAACAAAUGAACUCCUACGCGAUAUCGUCUGGAUGUCGUUUAUAAGAUCUGUGUCGAUCUGUGCACCGAGGACGAGGCGUCGACGCCUUACGGAUGCGUCACAACCAAUUUUUACAAAGUAUUUUAUCUAAAGGAUGUGAACACCAAAGUUACGUUAUGAAGUUUUAUCACGUUAGUUGUCGACAGCACUUGGUGGUUCUCGGUGUAACACGGUGCAUGGACGCCGCGAUGGGGGUCCUACAGACUUCAUCGUUUCUUAUAUAGUAGUGUCUCAUUGCAAACCUUUAAAUUAGUACAAAAACGCGUUCCCGGGUGCAAAUCGUAGAAUGUGUGACCUGUGGCCAUUUUAUGUGAAAAUAAACUACGUAAUCGUUGUGUUUAGUAAUCGCCAAUCGGUCAGUUUUGUUGCUUGUGUCGUGAUUUGUCGUAGAAGUUUAUUUCGUAUCUAGACUUACAGUGAUUUGCGGUGUCAAAUAAUUUGGAAGAAUAAUUAUUUGUAUCAAAGGAUGCCUUUUUUAAUAUGUAAGUAGUUAUAAGGAAAUCGUGUUUGAGAUGCAUAAUUAUGUAUAGCAAUAUAUUUUUCUUUUUGCUUGAAAUUAAGAUGAGCGAAUGUCCUAUUUAUUCUCAUUCUUGUUAAAGUAAUGAGAUGCUGAGUACUGAUUCGAUGGCUAUUCAUUAUAGCUGAUACGAUUUUGUAUGACAUUUAAGAUUUGAUUGGCUACUGGGAAUUUGAAAAGGCAUUUAUAAUGAUUACAAACUUAUGUUUAAUUAUGUACCUAUUUGUUAUAUUGUUGCACAGACUUUAUCUCGUUAUAUAGUCUGUGUAUUGUUGUCAAGGUAGAGUCUAUAUUAAAUUAUUCUUUUAUUUUAAGAGCGUAGGUGCGUGUGCGUGCUAUAUACAUCGCGAUUGGAUCUCUUCUGUACUUGGCGCUCGCGGUUUGAUACAUCACGGACAAUGGUGCGCAUCGUAGCUCGCGGUACACGUAUCAUGUCGAACUAUUGUUUACGUUUCUAAAAUAUACGGAACUCUUACAAAGAGUUUACAAUUAAAUUAAGUAGUUAUUGAUACAUCACAAAUUUUGCAAGUUUUAUAAUUUUAUGACAUAGAAUCGUAAUUUUAAUCGGAUAACGGGGUGAAGGUUGCCUCAGUUAAGUUCCGUAUCAAUUGUGUAGCCCCCCGGCCAACUAAAUGUAACUUCGUUCCCGUAGGCGCGUUCGAUGACAUCUGCAGUCGUUUUUAAUAUCAAGUAAAUGAUACAAAAAUAUUUAACUUUAACCCUGCCUUCGAAGGAAUUGAUUUUAAAUUGCAUUUCGGCCUUUUAAUAUCCAACGUAGGAAGUAAUUAUUUCAAUUAGGACCGGUCCAAAGUAGUUACAGGAAGACUGAUUUUGCGAAAAGUUUUAAAAAUGUUGUCUAUAUUCAUUUAAUUUAUUUAGCAACAUUACCCAGACGAAAAUUCAAAAAGAUUUCGUUUUAUUUUCAAAAUCAUGUCAGGCAAUAUUUACAAUUUACGGAAAAUAACAAAUGGGAACAUUGUAACAUAUUUUAAAAUGUAAUAUUAGUGCAUAGAUGUAUACAAAACAAAAGAAAAACACUUCGGUGUUAAAGAGAUAUAUUGUAAGACUAUAAUAGUGAAAUCUCUUUAUCAUUAGAAACAUAUUUUUAAGUAGUGCGAUCGAAAUAAAGAAUAUAUAUUUAACGUUAUAUUUCCUACGUGGAAAUUGAAGAAAGGGCAUUUAUAAAGUACGUUUCAAUUUGAUUACGUUAUCAUUUCCUUCUUCACUAUUACCUACAAUGUAUCUCUAUUGUGUUGACUAUUAUUUUUGUACAUAUAAAAAUUUGUU